AUGAUUAGAGUGUUAAAGCGAGCGUAUACGAAAUUUAAUCCCGAGUUCUUGAAGCCUGUAUCUUCUGGCGCCACUACCAGCCAAGGGGGUUCAACAGCUGCUUCACAAGACGAAGUGCUGCAUUUUACUGAGUUAGCGCCUUCUUGGUGGGAUGUGUCCGGACCGCAGCGAAUUCUUCAUAAAAUGAACUUGGCGAGAAUGGACUUCAUCCAAAAAACGCUGCGUGAACAGUUCAAGGCAGGCCCUGAUACGUAUGUUCCCGGCUUCAACUACAAAGAACACCUUCCAGCGCGUGUUUCAACGGCCAUAGAGCAAGAACUGGACCAAGAUGUGCGUUCUCAACUUCAGAAACACAAAUAUCGUGUCUUAGACAUAGGGUGUGGGGGCGGUAUACUUACCGAAUCAUUGGCGAGGAUGCCGUUCGUAUCCAAAGUUGAUGGUGUUGAUUUAACUCCAGAAUGCAUUGAGGUUGCGCGUGGACAUGCAGAGAAGGACCCCUUGGUCAAGAACAAGCUCAACUACCAGCUUGUUCCUUUGGAAGAUGUGACAGAAAACUACGAUCUUGUUACUUGCAUGGAGAUGCUGGAGCACGUCGACCAGCCGAGCGAAAUUUUGAGACACGCGUGGAACCGGCUCAAUAGAGGCGGUGUCCUGUUCCUGAGUACAAUCAACAGGGAUCCCAUAUCAUGGUUCACAACCAUUUUCGUGGCCGAGCGAGUUAUUAAAGUUGUUCCUUCUGGGACUCACCACCUCUCAAAGUACAUUAACUCGGAGGAGAUAGAACAAUGGUUCAAGGACGAGUGUGCGGGACAGUACCAGGUUCUGGACUGCAAAGGCACCAUGUAUGUGCCCUUGAAGGGUUGGGCCAUUCACGAAUGUUCCGGAAUUGGCAACUACAUCAUGGCCGUAAAGAAGCUUUGA